AUGGAGACCCUUCUGGCGAAGGCGCUGGAGUCGAAACUCAAGUACUACCUGCGCUCGUACACGCGCGACCAGUUCCGCCUGCAGGGCCGCACCGUGGAGCUCUCCAACCUCGGUAAGCCGCGGCGCCCGGCAGCAGCGCGCAGCUGUACGUCGCAGAGGCGCAUUGGGCGAGCAGUGAGUUCCACAUCCCUUGCAUCCCCCUUGCUAACGUCUGCUCCGUGCGCCCGUGUGUGCGUGGAACGGCAGCUGCCAGCGCUGUCGCUGGUGAACAAGGAGCCCACCGUGGUCGCCAUCUCCACACUCGACCUCGUGCUGCGCGAGACUGCUCCCCACGAGGCCCCCCUCUCCUCCCCGGGGUCUGUGCCCCUCUGCCUUGCCCCCACUGCACUCGCACCGCUCCCCCUCUCUUCCUCCCUCGCUUCCAAUACGCCUGCCGUUCCUGUGCUGUUCCGUUGCCCGACAUGUUCCUCACUGCCUUGUGCACCAGCACUCAGCACUGGUGCAUGUGCCACCAUCGUUGCCACUGCACUGGCAACGAAGAGCACAUCCUACGGCUUCGCGGACAAGAUAGCGGACGGCAUGACGUUGGAGGUGGGCGUGGUGAACCUCAUGAUUGAGACGCGCGGUGGCAGAGAUGUGUCGGGCCACGAUGCCGCCACCUGGAUACCCCCCAUUGCCAGCAUCACCAUUCGAGGCCUGCGCCUCUGCACCACCAACGAGCGCUGGCAGGUGGUGAACCUGGCGGACACGCGCACCUUCUUCGCCUCCCUCAAGUGCAUCUACAUCUUCCGCCUGUUGGAGUGGGAGUCGCUGUCAAUAGACCUCAUACCGCACCCGGACAUGUUCCACGCGUCGCUCGAGGUCAACUCCAGCAAGGAGGGGCAGGAGCGUGACGGCGACGGGGCCAAGCGGGCCUUCUUUGGAGGGGAGCGAUUCGUGGACGACAUCCGAGGCCGGGCUUACGUGACGAUGCAUCGCACGGAGAUGAACAACCCGUUGGGACUGGAGGUGGACAUGCAGCUGUCAGAGGCCAACGUGCCCGCGCUCACUGAACCAGGGCUGCGAGCGCUGAUGCGGUUCAUGACGGGCAUGUACGCGUGCCUGCUGCGAUCCGACCUCACCGACAUGAGCCAAGUCGGUCCCGAGACAGCAGGGCGAGUGCUCAUCUCGCUCACCCUGGAACGCCUCUUCAUCCGCAUCCAGGAGGAAGACUACCAGCUGGAGCUCGUACUGCAGUCACUCAAAUACGUGCAGGGCAGUGCAUCGGAGCCUGACGGUGCCACGGUGGCCAACAUGGUGCGCCUCUACCUGGGCCAGCUCUUUCUCAAGGACACGUAUUCGGACCCGCCAGUGGCGCUGCUGCAGCCGGUGCAGGAGCACGCGAGCAGCGACGUGGAGCGCGUGCCAUCGUUCGCCAGCGAGCACGUGUGGCCGCGCAUCUACCCCGUCGAGACCGACGACGACUGCCUGCCCCCGCCCUCCAUGUUCCGCCUCUUCUCCGCCUUCUCCCUCCCCCCCGCCCCGCCCCCCGCCGUCGCCUCUCAGCUCGUCAUUCGCUGCGACCCGCUGCAGAUCAGUCUACAGGAGGAGUCGUGUUUCCGCAUAGCAUCGCUGGUGGCGGAUGGGUUGAUGGUACAGCAGGCGGACAGCACCCCGCCCGUGCCCGCGCUGCGCUACCUGCUCUUCAUGCUCGACGGGCUGCACCUCUCCCUCUCCGUGCCCCCCGCCGCCUUCGCCCCGCCCUCUCCCUCCGACGCUGCCGCCUCCGCCAACCCUGACUCGCCCUCCCAGGCAGGGGAAGGGGGAGCAGGGGCGGCAGGGGGAGCGGGGGAGGAGGCGCGGUUCACGGGGGCGCGCGUGCAGGUGGGGGGGUUCAGCGCCAUGCUGGACUCGUUCAUGCCCUUUGACCUGCUCGACGUCGAGCGAGACGCCGCGUGCUUUGCACUGUGGCCGGGGCAGCCCGUGGAUGCGGGGCAGAUGCGCCUCGCCGUGUGGGCCGACCUGCUCUCUGUCUCCCUGGACGUGGGGGACGGCCAGGGGGGUGACGACGCGGGUGCAGGGUGGGGGAGAGGGAGCGCCCGAGGGGGCGGUGGAGGGGAUGAUGACGAUGCAUGGGCGUCAUCCCCGGUGUCAUUUGAGGGGCAGUCGCGCCUGGCAGCGGCGGCAUCACAGCAGCUGCAGUGCGUGUGCAUCAAGGACCCGCGCCUCGAGAUGGCCAUGCUCUCGCACGACGGCAAGCCCAUCGCGCGCAUGCCUCCCCCGGGCGGCACGUUUCGGCUGGGCGUGGCGAGCCAGGAGGUGACGUGCAACACGUCGCGGCUGCAGCUGCUGUUUGUGCUGCGCAUGGCGGACUACCUCACGCGGGUGAGCCGCGCACUCGUGAAGGUGGGCAAGGGCAAUCAGCGCGUCAUUGACCCCUCCAAGGGCCUCUCCGCUCUCGUUGACGCCGCCUCCGCCACCACCCCAACUGCCACUGCAUCGCAACCUGCCAAGAACAGCAGCAGCAGCGGCGGUGGCAGUGGUGCAGGGGGCGGGACGGUGUCAGCGCUGUCGGAGCUGGCAGCGCUGGCCCCGGGUGACAGUGCGGUGUCGCUGGCAGUGGACGCUCUCAACCUGCGCAUGCUGGAGUCGGGGCACACGGGCGAUGGCAGCACGGGUGACGAGGGCGCGGUGCUGUCGCAGCUGGUGGGGCGCGGCAUGAGCAUGAAGGUCACUCACCAGUCGCUGGGCGGCGCUGCUGCCACGUCGUCCACCAUCACGUGGCAGAGCAUUCGCGUGGAGUGCGUGGAGACGGAAGAGACUGCAGAGGGAGCAGCAGCAGCAGCUGCAUCAGGGCCGCAAUCACCCGGCAGCAGUGCUGGCCCCCCGCGCUUGCGGGCAGUGCUGUGGUCGGGCGACGGGGACAGUGACAUGGACGCCCUGGCGCGCACCGGCACCAUGAGCGCACCCGACCCCUCCUCUGCCGCAGGCUUCGCCCUCACCCGCUCACCCUCUGCUUCCGCCUCUGCGCUGCCGUUCCUGCACCUGUCGGUGCUGCACGUGCUGCCAUACGACAGCAGCGAUGCCUCCUCGCACUCGCUCACGGUGGAGGCCAAGGUGGGCGGGGUGCGGCUGAGCGGUGGGUGGAGCUACAACGAGGCGCUGCUAAGGCGCUUUGGUGUGCUGGACGGCACCACGGGGGGGCCGGGGGCGCACAUCGUGCACCUGCUGGACGUGCUCGAGCACAGCGAGGCACUGCGCUUCCUCCUCGCCUCCAGCACCGACGAGCCAGCUCCUGCAGCGGACUCAGCAGCAGCAGCGGCGGCGUGGGAGGUGGCGCUACCGCAGGAGAUGGACGUGGACGUGCAGCUGCUGGACUGGCUCUUCGCCCUCGAGGGCGCUCACAAGGCCUUUGUGGCUCUGCCCUCCACCACAGCGCACGCCGUGCAGCGCCGCGAGGACCUCUCAUGGCACUCCACGUUCCGCAUGUUCCGCGUGUCCGCACACAGCAACCCCUUGAACGAUGCGCACCGCCGCACCGGCACCACGCACCGCCCCCCGCCUGCUCCCGGCAGCAGCCCCGUGGCCAACAUCCUGAUCCGAGUGGAGGGCAUUCAGGCGUUCAAGCCGCGCAUAUUCGACGCCUCGGAAGCGUCAGCGUGUUCGCCGUCAGUGCGCCCGUCUGCUGUGUCCGUGUCCGCCUCCGACUCCUCCCUCGAGCUCUCCACACACCCCGCCUCGCCCUCCUCGCGCCCCAUCUCUCGCUCCGCCUCAGACGCACCCCUGCCGCACCACACGUCCCUUGGAGCACCUGCAGCAGCAGGUGCAGCAGCAGCAGCGGCGGGGGGCCCUCUAGGGUCGUCGGCGCGCAGUGGGCUGGAUCUGGAGCUGCGCCUCGCCUCCAUGCCCGCUGCACCCGACACCGCAUCUGCCAGCGCACCGGGUGCUGCCAGCAGCGGGGCGGCGGGGGCGGGCAGUGAGGCGGGGGAGGCGUGGGUGGUGAGGAGCGUGCAGAUGGCCGUGCAGGAACCGGUGACGGUGGAGGCGACCAAGGAGGACCUGCAGCACCUGCUGGGCGUGUGCAAGAUGGAGCUCAGUGCCGCCAGCCGCAUUGCCGUGGGCGGCCUCAUGCUGCUCAGGGAGCGCGGCAGCAGCAUUGUCACACAGGCCACCAUCGACCAGCUCGUCCACUUUGGCAAGCGGCUGGUGAGUGGAGACGAGUCGCUGGCGUCGCUGGCACAGGCGGUCCAGGAGGCAGCCACGGACAACCUGGCAGCAGAUGCCGCCGCACACGUGGCAGCGCGCGAGCAGCAAGUGCUGCAGGCCACCUCCCGCAUGCACUCCCUGGCCGCCCAGCUCAAGGCACAGCUGGAUGCGGCAGAAAGGGAUGGGGAGGAGCUGAGAGGCAUGCGAGGGGAUGUUGAGUCCUUGUUGGCGGAGAUAGAGACUGUCAAGAAGAUGUUGGCACAGGCAGGUGGAAAGGGUAGUUAG